GCUGAAACAAUUCAAGUAGAAAAUAAUUUUAGUACAACAAUAACAAAAUCAUUUAUGGACAUGUUUAAACACGAAACUUUUACUGACUGUGUUAUUAAAAUUGGAGACGAGAAAAUAAACGCUCAUCGUUCUGUUUUGGCCCAAAAUAGUAAAGUAUUUUACAAAAUGUUUGAACAGAAAGGAAUGAUUGAAGCACAAAAUGGUGAAAUUAAAGUAGUCGACUGUUCUGUUGAAUGUUUUCGGGCAAUGAUUGAAUAUUUUUAUAGUGGUGAAAUUGAUAAAAUAAUAUUGAAAAAUUCUGUCAUUGAAUUAUUUGGAAUUGCUCAUAAAUAUGAAGUUAUAAAUUUAAUGGAAAUUUGUGAAAAAUUUAUGAUUUCGAAUAUUGGUAAUUAA